AAACCGUCUGCAGCAGACCCCAGAUUAAAGAUAAUCCGGUCAUUAUUAUCUGUAUAAAUCUGUGUAAAUGUGUAUAAAGUAAAGCAGCAGUAUGUGCUUUAAAGUGAUUCUGAUGGAUUAUGAUUAUGGAUUAACCGUGCUGUUUGAGGGUGAACACAUAGAGUGGGUCAGAAUAGGAGCAGAGGUUGUAAGCAGCUUCCUCCAUCAGCUGUUUUGUUAACUGUACAUUUUACUGUAAUAAUGCCAUUUAACAAAACAACUACAGCAUCAAAUAUGUUUUGUUCCUGCAAAGGGAAUAUUCUAUGUAGAGACAGUGGUCCAGUGAGUAAAUGAGUAAGCAACUCAAAACUCUAUAGGCUUCUAUACUGUGUGCUGGCUCAGGACUUUGAACAAUAGAGGGGGCACAGAGUCUUUGUGGUUGACCAGGUAUAAAUGAAACUUGUUUAGACUGGCAGAGCAUCAGUUCAUUCACAGUUCUAUCAGAUCUGGGAAACCACCACUACCAACAUGGGCAAGAUCAUUCUGUAUGAGGAGAGGAGCUUCCAGGGUCGCUCCUAUGAGUGCAUGAGCGACUGCUCUGAGCUGAACUCCUACCUGAGCAAGUGCCAGUCCUGCAGGGUGGAGAGCGGCUGCUUCAUGGUGUACGACCGCCCCAACUUCAUCGGAAACCAGUUCUUCAUGAAGAGGGGCGAGUCCGCUGACAACAUGAACAUGAUGGGAAUGAGCAGUGGUAUCAGGUCUUGCCGUAUGAUCCCCAUGCACAGGGGCCAGUUCAAGAUCAGGAUCUUCGAGAGGGAGAACUUCAGCGGUCAGAUGAACGAGCUGAUGGACGACUGUGACAACAUCAUGGAGCGUCUCCGUAUGUCCGACUGCCAGUCCUGCAACGUGAUGGACGGCCACUGGCUGAUGUACGAGCAGCCCCAGUUCAGGGGCAAGAUGGUGUACCUGAGACCCGGCGAGCACAGGAGCCUCAGGGAGAUGAGCAUGAGCCUGUCUAGGAUCAUGAGCAUGAGGCGCAUCAUGGACAUGUGCUAAUUGUACAUUUUAACUUCAAUAAAUGAUAUAACUUUCUAAA